UUGGUCAUGUGGUCGGUCUUCUUCGUCUUUCUGUCCUACCUGGACAGAGACCUGGUCUGGGGAGACCUCCUGCAGAGCCCCGGCGUGGACACGGAGAAGCAGAGCAAGGCGCUGUUCUCCAUCAUCAACGGCACGCUGUGCGCCAAAAUGUCCACCGCGCCGGACGACAGGUUCCUCGUCUAUCAGGUGUCGGAUGGGGGGAAGGUGGUCCGCUCCGUGGUGAGCGUCGCCGGGGGGGAGAUGGUGGACUGCUCCGUGACGGUGGACAGCGUGGAGGUGGAGAGGUUUGUGUGCGAGUGCCGGCUGGGGGCGGAGGGACAGGAGAGCUGGGUGAUGAGUCUUGACGCGUCUUUUACGCACAUGGAUGAGGCCAAGAUGAGAUGUGCGCGCUUCCAAGGGGAGGACAUCAGGGGUCCAUCUCAGGUCCUGAGGAGAUCCAGGAGAGGCUUCACCUAUCCUGGGACCCUCUGGUGUGGAGCUGGCAACAUGGCUGACCAUUACGAGCAGCUGGGGAGGUUUAAGGAGACCGACAGCUGCUGCCGCACACACGACCACUGUGCCCACGUCAUCCACGCGUUCUCCUCCAAAUAUGGAUACACUAAUUUCAAAUGGUACUCCAUUUCUCACUGUGACUGUGACGAGGCGUUGAGAGGCUGCCUGCGUCAAGUCAACGACACGUCGUCCAGGGUGAUGGGCCAGGCGUUCUUUAACGUCAUCGGCGUGCCAUGCUUUGAGCUGGUUUACGAGGAGCAGUGCGCCGAGCACCACUGGUACGGCUUAUGCAAGCGAUACGAGAAGUUCCCCAUCGCCGUGCUGAAGGAGGCCGUCCCAUACGACUACGGCGGAAUCUCCGUCAUUGACGUAGUGACUAGGGCUCCGCCCAUAACGAAAGAUACACCAGAUACUAACGUCGUAACCGUCGCUGAGGACUUCAUCAAGGUGCUCGCCACCGUCUCUACCUCGCAAAGCUCCAGCGCUGACAAACAGUCUGAGUCUCAGGAGAAGAAGAAGAAGAAGAAGCAGAAGAAGAAGAAGAAAAAGGGAAAAGGUCGGAAAAGAAAGCAGAAAGUUGAAGAAGCACCGUUGAGUAAUUUCAUCAGCGAGUCGGACAAACACGACCCGAUGGCGGCGCAAAGACCGGCCGAGGGUCCAAACCAACCUUCUAAUGAGGUCUUGGAGGACCAAGCAGUGGUGAAGACUACCUUGUCUCCUUCCAGACCAGCAGGACAAACAAGUCGCCCCUCAGUGAAAAACAGUCCGUCAAGAACUGGCCGCAGGAAGGAGAAGUUCCCUCAACCUGCGCUAAGUACGACCACCAUCACAAUCCCCACAUCGCAACAACAAAGCCCGCAUGUCCGACCCACUAAAGUCAAAAGAAACCGAUCAAAAGACGGAGGAGACAUUGUGUCCCACCAAACGGUCACCACCGAGCUCUCUCCAAGGACGGACGUGUUUACAGCUGGGGCUCCAACUUUUAGCGUGCCCACUAAACAAAGGUCACGGGAAAAAGGACGGAGAAACAAAAGGAUGAAAGCCGCGUCCCCUCUUUUUCGGGAUCCUCCCCAAAAUGUGCGGAAUCUCACACUGACAACAAGACACAUGAGCGGAGGAGCGAAGCGUGUAAGGUGGUCUCACGUACCUCAAGCCAUGAUGAGGAACACAACCAAGCCAAGGAAGAAAGCGAUGCCGACCGCCGUCUCACUCGCAGAAUUCCCACCUUUGACCUCCACACCCGCGCCAACUCCAGUCCAAACCUCCAAGCUGCGUGCGCCCACCUCGUUUGCCAUCCUGAUGAGCCCCAUGCAGCGCUCCAUUGAGAGAGUCAAGGAGCAAUUUGCCUGGAAGAAGAGGAGGAAAGCGGCUCUGACCAUCAAACCACAUUAAAACAUCACACUCAAUCAUCUUUUACAGCUUUAAAUCUCAUAAAACAUCUUUGAUUGUUGUGAAAUGUAUGUGCAUUAUGCAUGCCUUCAAUAAAACUAAAA